AUGCGUCCCGGAACCUGGUCUGCGUUCGCAGCCUUCCUCGCCCUCGGGGGCUUCGAGCUCGCCGUCGCCGAGGAGGAGCCGCCCGUCCACACGGACCGCCCCAAGUACUACUUCCCCAAGGAGAUCAAGAGAGCCAUCCAGACUGGCACCCACAACCAGCAGAACCCUUGGCUGGAGCCAAACAACCUGGAAAGUUGGCUGCUUGGCGGUGACGAUCAGCCCGCAACCACUGUCAAGAACAACAACAACGGUAAUGGCGACGGCAAGGAGGACCGAGUCGUGAUUAUCGACGUGACGGAAUCCGUUGACCCCAAGGGUCACACACAUACCAUCACCGGUGCCACACACCUGGGCGCCAAGGUUACUGCUCCGCGCACCGAGGUCCAUGUCACCAGGACCACGGCAGCUGCCGCCCAAGCGAACCCUGCUAAGGCUGAGCCCACCGAAACCAAGAAGAAGCAGAAGGCCGCGGAUACCACCACGAAGAAGAAGGCCGCGAAACCUACCGAGAAGAAGCCUGUCGACACCGAGGCCAACCCUACGCCCACCAGCUCGUCUGGUAAUGAUGGUGGUCUUCUAGGUGGCGGUGGUAUUCUGGGUGAGAUCUCUUCUUUGGCUGGCGAGCUUCUUGGUCCAGGAUCCACCACCACGGACGCCGCUGCCAAACCCACUGAAGCGUCCCAGAAAGGCAAGGACGGCAACAAUGGCCAGGACGCCACGACCAAGAGUGGUAAAGAUGGCAAGGAUACGACUACCACCACGACUACAACUUCGUCAUCGGAUGGUGGUCUCUUGGGCUUGGGAUCCGUCUUGGGUGGCGUGGGCAGCGCCCUCGGUCUCGGUGGGGAGAAGACCACUACCACCACCACCACGACGUCAGCCUCAAACCCCACGAUUCCUGUGAGCGUUCCUGCGAGUACCACCACCACCUCUGCGUUGAACCCACUUGCACCCAUUGAGUCUAUGCUCGGAUUGGGGGGCCCCAGCUCGUCGAACACUAGCACGACCACCCCUGGCCUCGUGGUUCCCACGCCGUCUCUUCCUGGCAUUGGCAGCGGCGGCAUCCCUAGCCCCUCGUCCGCUACUGGCGUGCCUACCAGCUCAGGCAAAGUGCCAUUCCCGUCUGGUUCGAUCCACCCCGGCGGCGCGGGCUCCGGCACUACUUCUUUCACCCCAACGCCCACGCCGACCCACACGGCCGCCGAGUCUACGACGUCGACUACCACCACCACUACCACCAAGGAGCCAGAGAUCGUGCCCAAGCCCACGGAUCAAACUACCAGCGACAACGAUUGGGUUGGCCCUAGCAUUUUGCACCAGCCCAAGCCGACUCAGACCGAGGACAACAACAAUCCUACCUCGACGGGCAAUGAUCACGAGCCCACGGCCCUCCCUGGCUCCAUUUCCCCCGGAACUGAAGUCAGCAGCCCGCCGGAGAACUCGCUUCUCAUCCAGCUGGGUUUCAACCAGGAGCUCCCAUGGAGCUUCGUGGCGACUACCUCGAUGUCCUCGGCCCAGAUCUUCCAGUACGUGCCCGAGGGUCUGGAGCAUGCUCUGUCGAUUCUCCAGUCGCAGGUGACCAUGUUCGCUCUGGAGCCUUACUACUCGUGGAAGACGACCGGCUACAACGCGACGUUGGCAAUGGCCUACAUCCAGCGCCGCUACGUCGACCAGCUGCGCAACGAGCUGCACAACCCGAACUCGCGUCUCUACAACCAGCCCAGCGAGCCCGUCAAGACUCUCUUCUCCAUGAUCGACCCGACGAUUCCUCUCAUCGUGGGCCAGGAGGGCUCCUCCAGCACCAACUUUGGCACCACCGGCUCCGGCGAUAACAGCGACAACACGAACGACAACAGCAACAGCAACACUAACGCUGGUUCUGCCUCCAGCUCCAAGACCAAAGUCAGCUCCGUUGGCAUUGGCUGCGGUGUUGUCGCCGGUGCUGCCGCUUACGGUGCCGGUAUGUUCUGGCUUGCCCGUCGCUACCGCCAGAGACGCCAGCUGCACCGCCGCUCCGCCUCGACCGUUGAGCAGAUGAGCCAGGGUGGUUCCGCCGCUGGCUCGGUCUUCGCGGCCGGUGCUCGCAUGUCCGGUAGCCAGGCUGGAAGCGGCCGCUCGGGCCAGAUGAUCAGCGCGCCAGUGAUGGCCGAGAACUCUCUGGGCUGGAACUAG